AUGGACAGUCGGGACUCCAAGGCGCCGGCGCCAGCGCUGCCGAAGGCGGCGGGCCCGCCGGCGGCCGUGAACGGUACUGCCGGCGGCGUCGGAGGCGCGGCGGCGGCGGCGCCGGGGGCCGACGCGACGUUCGACACCAACACGGUGAUCCUCCUGGCGGCGCUGUUCCUGGCGCUGCUGUUCGCCAUCGCGCUCAACUCGUUGGCCAGGUGCGCGCUCUGGUGCGGGGGCCGGGCCGCGGACGGCGGUGGCGGCGGCCGCGAGGGGGCGGCGUCGUCGAGCGUCGGCGCGUCCUGCGCGGGCGUCCGAGGUGGGAUCAAGAAGCGCGCGCUGAGGAGCAUCCCCGUGGAGGUUUACGUCGCCGCGGGGGAGGGGGAGGAGACCGGGGCCGGGGACCAGGACGAGGACGUGUGCGCCAUCUGCCUCGGCGAGUUCGCGGACGGCGACAAGGUGCGCGUGCUGCCGCGGUGCGGGCACGGCUUCCACGUCCCGUGCGUCGACGCCUGGCUGCUGUCCCGCGGCUCGUGCCCGACGUGCCGCCGCCCCGUGAUGGACGGCAUUCCCGCCAAAGGUGGCGGCUGCAGGGGGGCGUCGGCCAGAGCCGGCGGCGGCCGGAUAGCGACACCAUCGCCGUGGUCAUCGCGUGAGGGACGGAGGGGAGCAUGUGGCCAUCACCCAUCGGAAGCAGACCUAGUGGUAGGCGCACACGCAACAACGGAGCAAGGUAUAGCUCUGUACUGUUCUGUCGCCGUGGAUAAGCUCAUGUAA